CAGGGUCAUCAAUGAUGGAAUGAAAGGAGCAAGGGGAAGGUAUUGAGAGAGACAAGUGGCAAGACUGAUUGCCGCAAAUACCAUGGAAUCACUUUGGUCGAAUCGCUUGUACGUGUUGGAGGCUGUAACCAAGGAUGGGAACAAUCUUCUCAAAGCAGAUGAAAGAUUUAGAAACGACAAAGAGAUUGUACUCGCAGCCGCCAGGCAGAAUGGAUUUGCAUUCACUCUUGCGAGCAGUUCUUUGCAGAACGACAAAGAUGUUGUUAUUGCAGCUUGUCAGAAUGACGAGUUGAUGUUUGCAAAGGCAAGCGAAGAGAGAAGAAGCGACAAGGAGACUGUGAUGGCCAUUGUUUCAAAGCAAGCUUUCGCUCUUACAUAUGCGUCACCAGCUCUCUUGAAAGAUCCAGAAGUCGUCAUGGCUGCUGUUAAGUGCAAUGGAGCUGCUCUUUCCAUCCUUCCUGACUCUAUGAAAACCGAUGACGUUGUGCUGGCAGCCAUUCAAAGCAAUCCUGCAGCCAUUCAGUUCGCUCCCGACAGCUCUCAGCAGAAGUUUGUUGAAGCUGCCUGCGCCAACGAGAACUCUGCAUGGUGGUGGUUUAGACCGUCAGCUCCCGCAUGACUUACCUCCGAUCACUUGAUGGACUGACUGAUAUAAACUUGAUGUGUAACUACAUGCUUGCAUGCU